CUAAUUUUUGUAUAGGACCAGGAUGGGAAAUAAAUUUUGUACAUGCAUGAACAAGAGCAAAAGAGCUAUACAAGAAGAUACACUUCAGACAGCUCCAAGCUUCAAUAAAUUAAAAGUUAAGAAGACUAGCAGGGUUCAUAAGAAGAGUAAAAGCAUUCCUGAUAACGAAGAAUUGUCAGGGUCAACCAAAAUCGAAAGCUUAAGAGAUACUAUAGAUGGCUUAAAUAUUACUAAGGACUCAAUUAAAAGCUUUUAUAAGUUUGGAGAGGUAAUCGGAUCUGGAAAAUAUGGGACUGUCAAGAUGGCUUACUCUCGCCAGAAUCCAGAUUUUAAAGUAGCUGUAAAAUGAAUCGAUUUUGAUAAACUGACUGGAAGCUACCAUACUUGUAUUUCAGAGAUAGAUACUUUGAAAAAGGUAGAUCAUCCAAAUGUAGUCAAAGUUUUCGAAAUUUUCCAGGAUAGUAAGAGACUUUACAUUGUGAUGGAGUACUGCACAGGAAAAGAGCUCUUUGACUUUGUGGUUGAGAGGACCAAAGUUGAGGAGAAGUCUGCAUCAUAUAUCAUCAAACAACUUCUGAAGAUCAUAAAAUAUUUGAACUCACUCAAAAUAUGCCAUAGAGAUAUUAAGCCUGAGAAUAUCUUGAUAGAUCCAGACAAUUUAAACAUAAAGCUGAUAGACUUCGGCCUUUCCACUUAUUUUAAGAAUUCUUCAAGACUGACAACGAAACUGGGAACACCUUAUUAUGUUGCUCCAGAAGUGUUACUUGGAAAUUAUGGAAAGGAAUGAGACAUGUGGAGCGUAGGAAUCAUUUCUCAUAUUUUACUCACUGGGUGUCCCCCCUUUCAGGGUGAAAGCCUCCCAGAGAUUUAUAAUGAAAUACUCAAUGAAAAAUUGAAGCUGUAUAGAAGUGAUUGGGUUGAUCUGAGCCCAGACUCUCUGGACUUUAUCAAGCUAAUUCUAAGGAAAUCCCCUCAGAGGAGGCUAACUCCGGAUAAAGCUUUGAAUCAUUCCUUCAUUGCUGAGCCUGGAUCCAAGAGAAAACUAAAGCCGAAUGUUCUUGAGAAGCUAGCCAAGAGCAGUGAGAAAGGAUACUUGAAGAAAAAGGUGUUCAUGAUUCUCGCUACUUAUAUUGAUAAUGAAGUCAUUUUAAAGUGGGAUAAAAUUUUUCAUUCAUUGGACACCAAAUGAAAUGGAGAGAUUUAUAUUUCAGAGAUUAUUAAGAAGCUCAGAGAGACAAGAAUGUCUAAAGAGAAGCUGAAGCAAAUAGAGAGCAAGCUGAAGGACAAUCUGGACUCUAAGAUAAGCUAUUCGGAUUUCUUGAACUCAGUCAUCAAUAUCAAGAAGGAAGUCAGAGAGGAGGACAUUCAGAAAGUAUUCGAUCAGCUGGAUAUGGACAGGUCAGGAAGAAUCAACUACAAUGAUCUUUGAUCAUUUAUUCAGAGGAGGGGAGAUGAAAAUGUCACUGCAGAAACAUUAUUCCAAGAGAUCGACAUGAGUCAGAAUAUGGACACAGAGCAAGAUGUCUCCUUCCUUUCAGAGAGCAAAGGCGAGGAUCGGAAGGAAAUAAGCUUCAGCACUUUUAAGAACUUUAUGAUGUGAGAUAAUGAUAUUUCAGAAGCAUCAGAUGGAACUAUGAAGUCAUCCUUCUAUCUCGCUGAGUGUUUAUCUACUGCCAGUAUAGAGUGCUCUCCUUAUGUGCGUAAGUCAAGACAUGAGAAGAAGCCUUUUAAACUUUAAAUCCUUUCCGAUUCACCUAAAUAUUUCAUUUCCGAGAGACUAUU